AAACGAAUUUAAAUUACAAAGUUAUAAAAAUGACCGAUAAUGAUAAUGUGACUCCGGUUGAAGAAGUAAAUCAUGAAAUUACAGAUUUUGAAGAAACAGAAAAUGAAAACAACAGUUCCGCGUUCCCUUUUGACGGUGAAAUGAAAACUGUUUUUAACGAUCCCGUAAAUUUUAAUGUCAAACAUCCACUUUUUAACGCAUGGACGUUAUGGUUCGACAACCCUGGUAAAAAAGCAAACACAGCAAGUUGGUCUCAGAACCUCAAGGAGUUGAUCACAUUCGAUUCAGUUGAAGAAUUUUGGGGUGUUUACAAUAAUGUUGCCAAGGCUAUUGAUUUAUCGCCUGGAUCUAAUUACCAUCUUUUUAAACAAGGAAUAAAACCAAUGUGGGAGGAUCCGGUAAAUGAACUUGGUGGGAAAUGGGUUAUUCAAUUUCCUCGAAAUAAGACUGGUGAAGAUAUCAAUACUCUCUGGCUUUAUACAAUGCUUGCUUGCAUUGGAGAAGGAUUUGAUUAUGCAGAUGAAGUAUGCGGUGCUGUAGUGUCUGUUAGGAAAAUCUUUUAUAGAAUUUCUUUGUGGACGCGAACGUCAAACAACAGAGAGAUUUGUGAGACUCUUGGACGGCAGCUGAAACAAACUUUGGGUUUAACUCCAGUUCAACAACUUGAAUUCCAGCCACAUUCCGAUUCGAUCAAGAGUGGUAAUCACAAUAAAGAACAUUUCUUUGUAUAAGUAUAAUUAAUUGGAUAAUAUAUGGACGUUGUGCCGUACAUUAAUUUUUAUUCCAUUUAUUUUUUAUUGUUUUGUAUCUUCACUUUUUAGAUUAAAAAUUUUCCUAAUCUUGCUUAUUAACUGCUAAUUUUAUAUAUAUUUAUAUAUAUAAGGUUUCAUGUAAGGUCAAAAAGAAGGAAAGAUAUUCAUUGUUUUAAAAAAAGAUAUCCUUUUGUUGAUUUGAUAUCUGAGGUGUUUUAGGUGUUUUCACUAGUAAAAAGCAGUUUUUGGCAAGAAUUAGGUAUAAAUUAGACAAUAAAUAUUAUGUUUAUAGGUUUAUUUAGGAAUUUAGUUAUCUUUUGCAAGCAAUCAAAUUAUAAAUUAAUAACGUUAAUAAAAUCCUAAGCUUUUUUCUAAACUGACAAUAUAGAUAUUAAAU